CAGCUGCACAUUGUUGAUAAGAGAGGGCAGAGUACAGAUAAAUAAAAAACGAUCCAAAUGAAUAGGUAGCUAAAGGCCGAAAUAUAAACAAAAUGGUAGAAAAAAAUAAAUACGUUCCGCGUGUUAAUCAGAUAGAUGCCAUUUAUCUGAACAAGGACAUUACCCGCCUGAUUCGCGAUAGUCUGCUGGAGAACCUACAGGCCUUAUCGCCCGUUCUGUUCAUCAAAAUCCAACCGGAGCUCGAUUUGCUCAUCCAGUCGGCCAUUUGGUUUGGUUCCGUUGGCAAGCGCUGCUCCACCUUUGGCCAGCAGCUGCUGGUCCUUGCCUACGAUGCCGAGAAGCUAACCGUAUCCCGGCUAGUGCUCCACUUCGCCCUAACCGUCCUGCCUGGCUACGUAAAAAGCUGGGAAGAGAGGCGACUUACCAGGAGAGUAGAGUGGUUCAGCCAGGCGAUUACUUGGGCGGAGAACAGUGCCCUGGUUCUAAACAUCCUCAACUACUUUCGGUUUCUGAAGACAGGCCGGAAACCCACGUUGGUAGACUACCUACUGGGCCUAGAUUAUAUUAGUCUGAGAAAUAACCAGAGGAGAGACAUCGGUUAUAAGUACCUGACGCGUGAGCUUCUCUGGGGAGGAUUUAUGGAAAUCCUUGGGCUUGUGCUGCCCAUUAUAAAUUUCCGCAAGCUGCAAAGGGUGCUCAAGUCCUGGGCCUUCGGCAAGCAGUUAACUGGUCGACGAUUGGAGGACAGAGAAGGUGGCGUGGAGCUCCUGGCACCGAAGAUGACGGCUAGCACCACCUGCACCUUCUGUGGGGAGCGUCCCACGCUGCCCCACCACAUGGGCUGUGGCCACAUCUAUUGUUAUUACUGCCUGAGCGCCAAUGUCUUAACGGAUGCCAGUUUCUGCUGCCCCAUAUGUGGGGCAACGUGUCCAGAAAAUGGGGUCCAAAGUGUUUAAUAGUUUAGUGUGUUGUCCAAGUGAUGGUUUUAUAUGUAUGUCUUUUAUAGUGUUAAGGUAACAGUGGGCUGUAUUAAGAAUAUAAACAAAACAAAUUCCAUACAA